GACCAAGAAGGAUUCAACGACGGAUGAAUUCAAUGGGAGAGAGAGAGACCCCCAGAAGUAUAUCCCGGAGAGCUACAAGAUAUGCUGUCCUACGACGGCCCUCCACGAAAGCGCCGCAAAAGCACAACGUCCGUCCUGUCAAUAGACCACCCACCGUCAUCAUCGCCUUCAGAUCAAUGUCCUCCCGCGCCAUGCCCAUCCCCGAAGAAACCUUUGCCCCUUCUCCGGGGCGUUCGUCGAGAUCCUCAUCGUGCUUCAACGGCAUGUGAGACGUGCCGUCUGAAGAAAGUGAAAUGCAAUGAAGGGCAGCCGGCCUGUAGCUUCUGCCAGCGCCAUGGCUUUCGCUGUGAUUAUCGGCAGAGUAGCGGUCCCACUCGUGACCCUUCGGUAUCUUUCUUACUUCAACGCAUAGCACAACUCGAAGAGAAGUUGGAUGUUCUGUCGACUCUCCCCAGUUCCUCUUCGGAUGGACGCCAGGCAAACGCCAAUCAACUUGGGAAUAAUGGCGACCCCACGCCCAGUGCCGUAUCACCCUCCAUGGUUCUACCAAUAUCGAGCCUCCUCACACCUGCAAGUCAAGAUGAUACGGUAUCUGUGUUAGAUAGUCCCACACUCCCACACUAUACGCCAGCCAGCUAUCCCUUGAGAAGCAUCCCUGCAACUUUCGACAACAGAUCACAUGUCCCCGACGAAAGCAAGAAGAGAUCGCGAUACAUUCCUGAUACUCUCAUUGCCAAGGAAGAGCGUCGUCCUCCCUUUCCCGAUAUGCUCGCUCAGUACAAGUUGCCCGAGCUAAAAAAUAUCAUGCCUUUAGUGAUGCUAUUCUUCGAGAGAGUCUGCCCUUUAUAUCCAAUCAUUUGCGACCAAGUCAUGUUUGACAUAGCAUCAUCAGCAGCAAAGGGAGGAUUACCAGAUGAUAUAGAAACGUGUCUUACCCUUUUGGUUAUUGCACUGGCGCAGUCAUACGAUGAACGUGCCUCGAUCGAGCGAGGGCUGCCGCAUUUUCAGAAAGCAGUUCAGCUGCUUUCAAAGUUGACGGUAGAAUUUACCCUUGAGUUUGCACAGGCCCAAGUCCUGGCGGCCAUCUUCAUGCUCAAGAAAGGCCGGAUCCUAGCAUUCUGGUCGUACCUCUACGCUGGUUGUGCUACCCUCUAUAUGAUGAUCCAACGGGAUAAGUCUUUGAAGGUUAACAGGAGUGAGGAGGAAAGUAAGACGAUCCUCCGGCUGUACUGGAUUUGCUUGAAUCUUGAAAGAGAUUUGACUCUGGAGAUAAACACUUUGCCUAAAAGCCAGCUCCCACAAUUGGAACAUAGUCUUCCGUUGCCGUUAGGGUGUGACGAACCUAAUACUGCUCACUUACCGAAACACACGCGCACAAUCUACACCUUCUUCCUAGCUGAAAUGUCACUCAAAGCCAUCCUGGCUAGGAUCAUGGGGACACCCAGCCUUGAAUUCUGUCUGCACGAAACUCCAGGCAAUGGGUUUGAAGUCUCGCUUGUUAUCCAGGAGUUGAAAAAUCAACUGGGCCUAUGGAUAGAAACCCUGCCAACGUUUCUGGAAUGGUCUCCGGAGCCUGGCAGAGGGAGCGCAUCACAAGUGGGGACACGGUUGAAAUUGACAUACUGGUUUACGCUGUUUUCCCUCUUCCGGCCACUGGUCCUUCACAUACUUGACGAUACCAAACGUCAAUUCCCACUGCCCGUAUGGACCUUAUUCCAAGAUGGUCUACUGGCCGGCUUCUCUAUGAUUAGGGUCUUUCUCUCGGAAGAACACGAAGUAGAUGUUAUUAUGGGACAUAGGUAAGUCCGCCCGUUUCUCGGUCGCCCUUAUUAAACAGCUGAAACCUGUGCAAGGCUAUUAAUGGCGAUUCGGCUGGUUCAAAAUGCCCUAAGAAAGGGCUGCUCUCCUGGUUUGCAUGAUCGAGAAGCGACUGAGAUAUUAGAGCAAGGACUAGAUCGUCUAUGGACUCAACUGGAAGCGAAGUCCGAGUGGAUAUCAGGGCAACUUCGCAUGCCGCAGUAACCUA